UGAGACAGGUUUUCUCUGUGUAGCGUGGUUGUCCUCGAACUUGCUCUAUAGAUCCAGCUGGCCUCCAACUCAGAGAUCUACCUGCUUCUGCCUCCCAAGUGCCAGGGUUGAAGGUGUGUGUGCACCACCACUGCCCAGCUUCACUCUCUCCUUUUUAUUCAGCCUAGGCCCCCAGCUUCACGUCAUCCACGUUCAGGAUGGGCCUUCCUAAUCUAGAUGACCUCUCACGGAGGCUUGCUGGUUGAAGAUCUUGUCAAACUGACAGUCGAGAUUAACCAUUAACCGUCGCAGGAGACAGAAAAAGGCAUGAAUGUGUGUGUGUGUGUGUGUGUGUGUGUGUGUGUGUGUGUGUGUGUGUGUGUGUGCAAAUGAAUGGGGACUGGUGUGUCCCCGGCCGGGUCACCUCAUUGUGCCCUCUUCACCUCUCGCCUUGUCUUGACCCCUAGACCAGCCACGUUCCUGAUGGAGGUCGGCGUGUGGGCUGCCCUAGGACUCUCCCUCACAGGCAUGUCUGGCCUCAGCCUGGUCUCCCCUGCCUGGUUCCAGAGCCCUUCCUUCUCCUAUGGUGUCUUUACGUACUGCUCCUGGCCACAGGGUGACCGCUGGAACCAGAGCUGUGUGACCUUUGGGUCCCCGAAGGACAUGCCUGGCUUGGCCUGGAAGGUCUCGGCUGCAAUGCUCCUGGGAGGCUGGGUCCUGCUGGCCAUUAGCGCUCUUCUCCUUCUGGCCUGGGCACUGGCCCCGAGAAGGUUGUAUCCCGGGAGGGGCCCUGGUCCAACACCCAUGGUGCAGGCAGCAGCAGCGGCCUCCACCCUUGUAGGUCUGCUGGUUUUUCCAGCCACUCUGGCUUCCCCGUUAGCCAAAGAAGUCUGUGAAGGCUCCUGCACAUACUACAGCGGAACAUGCCAGCUGAGCUGGGGCUACGCCACUGCCAUCUUUAACGCGGUCCUGACCAGCCUGCUUGUUGUCAUCAGAUGGCCUCAAACGACUGCGAUCCAGAGGACAACCAACCCCUCCUCUAGUGACACUCGGGGAAUCACUCUCAUGUCAGAAUAAGCAAAGGAGCAUCACUCAGGAAAAGCAAAAGACAAACAAGAACAAUCUACUCUAUAGUUGUAUGAAAUUGCUCCAUACUCAGGUUCAAAUCCCACCUCCUCUGCUUCUAUGCUGUGUGACCUCAGGCAAAUCGCUUUCCCUUUCUGGACUCAUUUAUUCUUUGGUAAAUUGGAGGUUGGCCUACUUAGUGGAGUUGUUAUGAAGGACUUUGAUUUGCCACAGGUAAAUCACCUCUUCGUGGGCGAAUUCUUGUUUUCUCUCGUCCCUUAUAAUCCCUCCUCUCUUGCGGAGCUUGAGCAUCUUUAUUUCCCAGGAGCUGUUUAGUGAAUCUGUUGUGUGCAAGGUGCUGACUCCUGCUGGGUGCGGCUCAGAACCCAUCCCACCUUCCACAUAAGUAGAACACUGAUGAGGAAACCCUACUGUUUCUGGGGGCUCAGAGGCCUUCCAUUUGUUUCUGAUGUCUGCCUGCCUGUCUGUCUCUAGACUUUUUUUAAAAAAUGAUUUAUUUAUUUAUUAUGUAUACAGUGUUCUGCCUGCAUGUGUCCCUGCAGGCCAGAAGAGGGCGCCAGAUCUCAUUACAGAUGGUUGUGAGCCACCAUGUGGUUGCUGGGAAUUGAACUCGGGACCUCUGGAAGAACAGCCAGUGCUCCUAACCUCUGAGCUAUCUCUCCAGCCCUGUCUCUAGACUUCUUGUCUGUGAUGUUUUAUGUUGAUUGUCCAGUUGACAGGACCAGGAAUCACCUCAGGAAGCAACCUCGGGCAUGCCAGGGAGAGACUUUCAUAAUGAGGUUGACUGGGCUGGGAAGAUGCACUUGAACGUGCAGCACCAUCCCGGGGGCUGGGCUCCCGAACUGCACAAAAGUGAGAAGGUGAAUUGAGCACCAGCAUUCAUCUCCCUCCACUUCCUGACUGUGCGUGCAGAGUGACCAGCUGCCUCUCACUCUGGCCGCCAUACCUCCCCUGCCAUGAUGGGAAUCGUGGACUAGAAUAAACCUGUUGUAGAAUAUUAUUUUAAGAUGUGUUAUUUUGUUUAUGUUGCAUUUGUUUAGCUCUGUGAAGCUGUGUUACUGUGCCUGUCUAAAACACCUGAUGGUCUAAUAAAGAGCUGAACAGCCAAUAGCAAGGCAGGAGAAAGGAUAAGUGGGGCUGGCAGGCAGAGAGAAUACAUAGAAGGAGAAAUCUGGGGGAAAAAAAAAGAAGUAGCCAGAGAAGGAGGAGGACAUCAGAGGCCAGCCACCCAGCUGUACAGCAAGCCACAGAGGAAGAAAUAACAAAAGGUAUACAGAAAUAAAGAAAGGUAAAAGCCCAAAGGCAAAAGCUAGAUGGGAUUAAUUUAAAGUUAAGAAAAGCUGGCAAGAAAUAAGCCAAGCUAAGACCAGACAUUUAUAGUUAAGACUAAACCUCCAUGUGUAUAUUUAUUUGGGAGCUGGGUGAUGCCCCCCCUCAAAGAGCAAAACCAAUCAACAACUAAACCCCCUGAGACCACUAAUCUGUCAUCCACUUGACAGGCUCUAGAAUCACCUGGAAGACAGACAUCUGGACAGGCCUGUGGGGGACUGCCUUGUCUGCAGGAAAUGAGGAGGGACCAGCUGCCCACACUGGUUGGCACCACUCCCUGGGUUGGGAUCCUGGAGUGUAUAAAAAGGAGAGAGGGACCGAGCACCAGCACUCUUUGCUCUCUUUUCUUCACUGGGGAUAUGCUGUGAGCCUUAGUUUUCAGGUCAGCCGUCCACAAGCCCUGCUGGGAUGAUCUUUGCAGAUGGACACAGCUGGCCUGACAAAGAUGGGGGCGGAUGGCUUGGAGGGUCAUCCUGUUCCACAGCCGUAGAGCUGGGAUCCGAAGUCUCCAGAGGGUAGACGGACAGACGAUCCCAGUUCAGUUGACAUUGUGAGAAAGUCACCCCUAUUUCCAUUCCUCCUUCACAGCUUGGAACACGAUCCUCAUUGGGCUGUGGUGUAUCUUCAGUGCUUCUCACAUCUCUCUCUCUCUCUCUCUCUCUCUCUCUCUCUCUCUCUCUCUCUCUCUCUCUCUGUGUGUGUGUGUGUGUGUGUGUGUGUGUGUGUGUGUGUGUGUGUGUUCUAGUGUGGAGCACAAACGUGUGAGGCCAGAGGUCAGCCUGGAGUGCUGUUCCUUGGGUACCAUCUGUCAGGUCCGAAGGAAACUCCAAGUCCCUGAACUCCAAAGGGCAGUCCAAAUAUCCAGAGAUGAGCUCACCCGGGGCUGCAGGAGGCUUCCUGGUGUUUAGAUCAAAGCCAGAAUUCCUCAGGGACCUGUGAAGCUGGUUCAGCUUUACCAAAAUAAGUCAUUUCUCUUACCUCUGACAAAAAGGACGUAUGGCUCUCCAGUUAGUGUAUUACUAACCAUGGCGCCUAUCAGCAUAAUCAAGGUCUGUGCCAGCCUCCAGGCUCCCUCAGUCCACACUCACAAGCACUUGUUAUAUAUCUCAAAGCUCCGACAACCGUCUCCUGGCCCUCCCCUCCCCUAGCAACUCACCCUUCUUGUAGCAUAGCUAUUCUAACUACCCACUAUGUUCCUGCUAAUCUCACUGUAUUUUCUCUGUCCUCUAUCCCCUGCUAUGUCCCCGUCUCUUGCAGACAGCCCCAGCCAUGUCCAGUCGGUUGGCUAUGUUCAGGCUACUUCUUCCUCUGCUCUGGACCCUUCCUGAUGCCUCCGACUGAUCCCAUACCAUGGAGUGGUCGCGUAGUCCGUUUACACACCAUCCACCUGUUUUGAGACAGUGAAUCUCAAUGGCAGGACUGGUUGGCCAGGGAGCCACUGGAUUCCUCCAUCUCCCAUUUCUCCGGCACUGGCAUUCCAGAUGUGUAGAGCCACACCUAGCUUUUUUAUGUGGGUCCUGGAGACCAAACUCAGGUCCUUCGGUUAUUAAGCAUUUUGCCCACUAAGCCUCCCACACUGGACUCUCUUCCUCAAUGUCCUAGUUUGAAUCUUAAGUGCUGCCAGCUUAGUGUGAGGAGGAGGUGAUGGACCCUUAAAGAGAUAGGGCUGAGAGGGAGGUAUUUAGAUCACUGCGUGGGGGGGGGGGGCGUGUCCUUGAGGGUAACUGUGGGAGCCAGUCCUGUGGCUUUGCUUUACGAAGGAAGGGGCAGAGGGCUCUGGGCUCAAAGCCUCUGCUGAGAGAGAGUAUUUCCAAUAAUCAUUCUCACAGUUUUCUGCUGCCUGUGCCAAAAGUUCUGGCUUCCUCUCUGUGGUUUUAAAAGUGAGUUGGUGUAAGGACACUGUGCCUCGGGAGGUGAGCAGAAUCACGCCCAGUGAGGGACUUGGACAUGAGGCAUGACGACGUAGGUUCGGGGUCGGGGAGAACCUCCUUGGUCAUCGGACUGGAGAAAAGAGUGUCUGCCAAGGUCAGAAAUGGACAGCACCCCCUCCCGCUGCCCUGCUUUGGCCAUCCCUCCUUUUACUGGGGCCUCCCCUGGGAGAGGAGGCGGAGGGGGAGGGAAGGUGACUGGUCCCACCAUGCUGACAUGAGAAGGUGAGGGCCUCCCAGAUGAGAGAGUGCCUGCCUAUAAUCACAGCACUUAGGGGGAAUCGGAAGUUCAAACCCAGCCUCAGCCAGCCUCUGCUGGAAAGGAAGGCCAAGACUAGCCUGGGCUACAUGAAACCCUGUCCACCCCCCCCCCACACACACACCCCACAAAUGCUGGACGUGGUGGCACACACCGUUAAUCCCAGCACCUGGGAAGCAAAGGCAAAGGAAUCUCUUGUGUUC